GGGGCAGCGUGGUUGCGCCGGUGCCCGGAAGCGGGUGUGACGCACCGCGGCGCUGAAGGCCUGCGCGGCGCCGGCCGCUCCCGCAGCUAUGGCGGCCCGGGAGCCGCUGCGGGAGCUGCGCGGGACGCUGUGUGCGGUGCUGGCGCGGGUCCGAGAGGGCGAACCGGGCGAGGGCCGCGAGCCGUUCGAGCUGUCGCGCUUCUGGGACGCACUGGGUCAGACAUUCCAAGUAACGUCACAGGAAGCUACAAAGCUGAGUCUGGCAUUCUCAGGGUCUGCACUGUCUGCAGAGGACUGCCAGAAGCUGAGUGAAGAUGUCCAAAGUGCUGUUAUUGCCGUUGCCACAGUGUACUACUGGCUCCCCAAGGGCCAAGGUACUACUCUUCGGAAGAUGGUACGAGAUGCCACCGCUGAAGUAGUGGAAGGAAUGAUCCAACUCAUAGAAACAAUUCUCAGUGCUCCAUUAGACAGGUUGUCUCAGGAACAGCUUAUAUCAACUGGUGGUGUGUGGGGGGCGUGUGAACAAGUGCCCAACCUGCCACGGGAUAACCAGGCAGCAGUUGCAUCAGUUUUGGCUGCAUGUCUGGGUGUGGUCAAGGAUGCUCUGGAAGAGAUGGAACAUGCUCUGGUGGAAGGGCAAGACCCCUACAGUGACAUCAUGGAAGAUGAAGAGCUGGGCUUUCGGGGCAACAGAGAUAUAUAUUGGUCAGAAGCUGACCGGAAGCUGCUUAGCUCCUGCAUGGGAUUAAUGAAGGCUUCUAAAGCUUGCCUGAAGAAGGUCUUGGGUGUAGUGAAGGCUCAUGGCAAAGCUGAUUCUCCAGACCAGAUCGCUCAGCUGGAUGAUAUUGCAGACAUUGCUAAUGAGAUCAGUCCAAGUGUUGAUGAGCUGGCACUGAGCAUGUAUCCACCUGUGAACGAGCUGGCUGUGCGACUCAAUGCUGCUAAAUUGGCCUCAGUAUUAAAGAAAGUCUUGGAGAUUACAAAGACAAGCCACGUAUGUCCACCAUCGGAGGAAGGCUGGGUGCAGUUUCUAACUGGGGCGGUAGAUCACAACAUGAACAAAAUCAAGAACUUCACACAGGGUCAGCUUUAGCCCUUCCAAGUCUACGUGUGUUGCUGCCACUGGCUCUGGCAUAUGCUUUUCCAGCAAAUCUUGCUGUUCUCCAGCUACUGGGAGAAUGAUGAGAACAACGUUUUUAGGAGAGAACUUUACUGCCACCUGGUAAAACUUUCCCAGGAAGUUGCCCUUUGCCAUUGCAGGAGGUGUCACUUUGCUUGGAUUCCUGGGAUGGUGCACUGCUGCAUCUUAAGGCUGUGAAUGUGCCCCAUUCUUCAGACCUUACAGCUACUAUGGGGUUCAAAGAACAAUAAAAUAUUGCUAGGUUUGCAUGAGUGGCUUUAUCUGUUUUCAGGUGGCAGAGGAUACAUACAGACAGAAAGAGCCGUGCUGCUUUUGCAAGCAGCCUGUAGAACCAUUAAAAAUAUGCAGCCCUACUGCUAUUUCCUGUCUAACCUUAGAGAAGAGUGAACUACGAAUCUCUUUUCUAUUUCCUCAGAAAGCAGUAGAAAAUAUUUAUUACUUUACCAACAUCAAGGAUCUCUAGGGGGAUGAGAGUAUAUCUCUAGAGAAAUGCUACAUCUGUCAUCACUUUAAAGUUCUAGGAUAUUCUUUUUUUUGCCACGGAUAGGAAAAGAUGACUAAGCAGUGGUUGGUUCAGCAUAUAUGUGUGGUGAGAAGUGCAGCACCUGCUUGAACACAUCUUUGUCACAGUGAGGUUCAACUUACAAAACUGGAGAGUGGGCAUAGUAGCAGAUGGGAGCAAGUUGAGUUUGUACAAAUAAUCAAAGUCAGACGUGGUUUUAAAUAUAACUUUAAUUAAACUGUUAAGAACUAUGCUUGCUGAAGAUCAGAGCACAGAUCAUGACCACUCUUCUGAAAACAGGACAGCAGGACCUGUUCUGAGCUGGGCAUCAGGCAGCUGCAACAUCGAUAGUUUUGUAGCUCUUCAGGUUCUGCAGUUGAAGGCAGGUAAGAUGUGCAGUGAGUCUUCUGGGCCCUGCUUGGAUGGGGGUGAGUGGGAUUUGCAGCUCUUGAGUGCUUUGGGGUUGCACAGGGCCGAACCUGAAAGGUGAGAAGGGAUGAUACAAGCACACCUCUUUGUAUUCCUGGUUCCUAGGAAAUGCGUUUGCUAGACAGGAGUGUGGUGCCAAAAAAUGAGAUGGGGGGGGAAAAAAAAAGGCAGACAAAUGCUAGCAGUUACCUGAACUACAACAAUGGAAUUGUGAUCUGACUGUAGUUUGAGAGGGAAAUAUGUCAGGAGGGUUGAACUCCCCAUAGAAUCAUCUAAGUUUACUUUGUCCUAAUGAAGCUUCUUGAGAGAAAUGUGUUUUUUUUCAUGUGAAGGAGAGCAUGCCUUUUUGGAUGACUCCUGGCUAUGUCAGGUUUGCCUGGUUCUUUAUGUGGAGAAGGGGAAGACACUUAAAAUUGUACCCAGGGACUCUCUUUAUUGGUGGCAGUGGGUAAUGGGUGGAAAGAGAUGUCACAGACAAUAAAGUUUUACCCCACUUACGGAUGUUCAAGUAGCUAGCUAAAAAGCAAUUGAUAUCUCAACAUCAAACAAUUUCUAAGUUUCAUAGCUCAUUUCAGUGCCCCAUAACUGUUGUGUUACUUAAUGUGUGGUUUUGCAUAAGUCUUAUGGUACUUCUCUUGUUACCCUUUUUGUUGGCAGGGGCCUUUCCUUCAACCUUUGGGGUUGAAACUUCCACAAAUAUUAUACUGGCUUCAACUAAUGUGUUACACAUCUAUUGAAAGUUAUGUUAUCUGGCUGUUUUUCUUUUCAGUGUGAAAAUCUUCUCUAUUUGUAAAUAAAGAAUGGGAUGCCUGGG